AUGAAAGAGCUCUGUAGAAAUUUCCAGCGAGGCAGUUGUACUUAUGGAGAAAGGUGUAGAUUUCUUCAUCAACAACCAAAUCAACAGCAGCGAAAAUCUAAUGCUUUUGGAGGACAGACCAAUUCAUACCAACAACCGAAUAAAAACCCUUUUGGAUUUGGGUCUGCUUCUGCCUCUGCUCCCAACCAACAACAAAAGAACAACCCUUUUGGUUUUGGAUCACAAAACACCUCUCAUUCAAAUGGGCCCCCUAAACCAAACCAAUUCCAGCCUUUUGAAAACAAAUGGAGUCGAACGUCAUCCAAACCCCAGAAUGGCACUCAACGUCCCUCUGAUAACAAUUCCCAACCAGUGAAUCAUAAAUGCACAGAUCCUGAGAUUUGCAAGCGCCAGAUUGCAGAUGAUUUUGAGCAAGAGAAACCACUUUGGAUACUUACAUGCUAUGGUCAUUGCAAAGGUGCUCCUUGUGACAUUAUUGGAGAUAUUAGCUAUGAAGAAUUAAGGGCAUCGGCUUACGAGGAUGCUAAGAAAGGAAUGAGUUUGCCAUUAAUUGUUGAAAAGGAGAGAAACAUACUAAAAUCAAAGUUGGCUGAGUUUGACAAACUGCUCUCCGAACCCUACAAAAUGCCUCUGAAUUCUUCUCUUGACAUUCAAAAGUACCAACCUAAUGGAGCCAAUGCAAAUGCAUUUUCACCAGCUACUCAAAAUAAUGGUCCUUUAUCAGUCUCAAGCUUUAGCCAACUGGGUGCUUCACUGAACACUGGGUUUGAAAGGCCCUCUGCACCACAAAUGACCACUCCAGCCCAGCCUAAUUCCUUUGGAAGUGGAGGAAACAUAUUCGGCAGUGGAAUCUCAGGUGCCCAAAACAACAACCCCUUUUCUACUCCAGCGACAAUGUUUCCAGGAUCAACUUCUCAAUUCCAACAAACAUCCAUUGCGUUCAACAACACUAGCUCCACCACAAUGCUUCAGUCAGCAUCAUCAGAUGUUCAGUUAAAUACGUCCCAAGUGGAGAAUGCGUCCGUAGAUGAAAGUAUCUGGUUAAAGGAGAAAUGGAAUCCUGGAGAGAUUCCUGAAGAAGCUCCUCCAGACAGAUUUAUUCGGUAG